AUGGAACAACCUCCAGCGCAAGUUGACAAUCGUAUGAACUUUUUGGGAAGUUUUGUUCAGAAAAGCCUCAAGUUGAAACCGGAGAAAUGGACCAGAAUGAUCUCGAUAGAAGAACACAAGGCGGUAGUAAUGAAAUUUUUAGAAAGGCCUUUUCCAAUAACUCUCAUUAUUGUAUUAACUCCAGCUGCUCAGUUGGUAGCAUUAAAUUCAUUUCCUCUACCUCAGCUGAAAAAUAAAGGAGUAUUUUUCGUGAAAAAGUCUCUAGUUGCGGUGUCGAAGUCUGUACCUGGUGAAUCAAUUGUUGCAGGAGACCUCUCAUGUAAAGUAAUAGACCAACUAGCUUCUUUGGUAGACGAGAUUUUAGUACCAGUUCUUUCGAAUACAUCGAACCACGACAUGUGGCCCACUGUUAUUGCUAAAGAUAUACAAAAGCAUGUCCAUAGCCUUAAGAGUACCGUUUACCAGGUAAAAGGUCAGGUAAACGGACAAACCGUUUUACCAAUGCCGGUUGGAGUUGAGAAAGUUCACGAGGCCGAGAAAAUAUUGCAAGAAACAAAUGGCGAAGAGUGUGAUCUUUACUUGAAAAGCGCUAUAGAAGGUGUUGUUAUAAAAUGGGCAGCAUUGAUAAAUGACGUCUUAGUGAAUGAUUCUGCAGAGAAAACUGGGAAUGUUGCCAAUCCAACCCCUUCUUAUGAACUGGAAUUCUGGAGUUCAAGACUCAAGAACCUUUGGUACAUUUAUGAGCAGCUCAAGGAAGCCAAAGUCCGGAGCAUGGCUUCUAUAUUGGAAAUAACAAACAGUGCUUAUUUCAACUGUUUCAAAUCUUUAUUCAAGAACGUCGUUAUGGCCCUCGCAGAAGCUAAGGAGAUCAACUUAUAUUAUCAACCAUUGAAAAAACACCUUACAACAUUCGAGGAGACCGACUUUAGUGAAUGUCUACCUUUGUUGGAGCCAAUUAUGGUAGUUUUAUGUCUGAUUUGGGCAAACUGUAAAUACUGCGAUCAAGUUCGAAUAAUAAUACUUUUGAAACAGAUUUGUAAUCUCUUAAUUUUAGAGGGGAAGAAGUUUCUCGAUCCCACCACUCUUUUUCACAGCGAUAUAGAUGAAGCAAUGCAACGAGUUGAACUAUGUGUACGGACAUUGAAGCAGUUUUCGAAGUCUUUCUUCAAAUGCAAGAGGAAUUUAUCACAGUUUUUCAAAGAAAAAGAAGUACAACUUUGGAGCUUCCAGCCUGACAUGGUGUUCGGACGUUGCAAUUCGUUCUUAGAAAGACUAAAUACGAUACAGUGGUUUUUCAACACCGUUCUCGAAUUCAAUAAGCUCGAAAAAAUCGAGAUUGGUGGCGUGAAAGGCAGAGCAUUGAGCAGUAGGCUAACAGAAGUUUAUGUGGAAUUUCAGCAGAGUUUUUCCAUCUUUUCCGGUAAAUCGUACGAUGUACUGGAUCCAGAUGAUCCGGCUUUCACGCAUGAUUUUCUGACUUUCAAGCAGAACAUCUUCGAAAUGGACAUGAAAUUAUCGGCAAUUUUAUGCCAAGCAUUAGAGGACUGCAACAAUCUAGAUGCUGUUUUCAAGUUGAUAAACAUUUGCGGUACAAUUUUGGAGAGACCAUUGAUAAAGACAGAGUUCACGAAAAGAUAUACAAAAAUUAUAGAAAUGUUGUAUGACGAAUUAUACUCAACACAGCAUUAUUUCGAAGAGCAAUUAGCUCAUAAAGAGAAAUUUGGAAACUUUUCACUCGAUCGUUACAUGCCUCCACUGGCAGGUACAUUGAGAUGGAUGCAAAGUCUCUGUACUAGAUUAAACAGACAAAUUGAAUGUUUCAAAGCCUUACAACACCCCAUAACGAAAUCAGAAGAAGCAGAAGAUAUACUUCGAAAAAACGAAUUGUUUCAAGAUAAAAUCUUCUCAUAUAGGCUAAAACUGUUCAAUGAAUGGGCUCGCGUUAUACCGGAGCAAAUUGAGAAAAACAUGAAAAAAAAGAUGUUCGAUAGGGACCCGAAAACCAAAGAAAUCAGACUUAAUUUCAGUCUGGAGUUAUCCGCUAUAUUGAGAGAGGUUCAUUAUUUAAAACUGAUGGAUAUGGAAGGAAUCCCAGAAGAGGCUUUGGAUUUCGAGACAAACAGUGAAUCCAUCAGAAGAAUCACCGAAAAAUUGGACCUGACUCUGAGAUGGUACAAUCAGAUUAGGAAAACUACACAGGCUGUUGAAUUCGAUUUGAUAGGAUCAGAAAUUAUGCACAUUGAUUCACUUAUUGACAAAGGACGAAACGAACUAACAUGGAAUUCUGAAGAUAUAAAAGAAUAUAUGACUACUCUUCACGGAUUGGUGGAACACUUACAGGAAAACCUUAAAAAGAGUAAGAAUAACUUACUCGCUAUCAGAAAUGGACUAAUUCCCUUUGCGAGACAACCACUUUUCGAAAGAAAAGACGGAAGGAAAGAUGCCUGCCUGAAUGUUGAAGGCAGGGAGGAGAUAAUUUCCAGAAAAUAUGGCGAAAUAAAAAAAGAAGUGCUCAAAAUUUCUCUAUUGCUCGAUGAAAAUUUGCACAUAUUUAAAAUGGAGAAUGAUAGAGACAAUCCCAAAUGGAAAAGAUACCUUGAUUAUGUCGAUAAUAUCAUACUUAGUUAUUUAUAUCAAAGUGUUGGGUGUAGUUUGGGUUAUAUAAACGAACAUAUGGACCCUACAAAUGAACUUCCACCCUUAUUUGAAGCUCAAUUAGUAUUGAGAGAACCAGAUAUUAUUUUUAUUCCUUCUUUAAAUCCUCAAGACCGUGACUGUCUCAAGGCUUUCAUUGAAGGCUUGAUAUCGGAUAUUAUGAAUAUCGCAGCUGUAGUGGAGAGAUUCUCCAAGACAAAAGAUGUCAGUUAUUUGGAGGAAAUAGGUACAAAUCCAGAUAUUGUCGAUAUGAAGACGGAUAUACUGCUGAACGUCGAUCAGGUUAUCGAAAACGUGUAUGAAUUUUGCGACACUUUCGAAACAUACGCAUACCUCUGGUUGGACAAUAGGGAUCAUUAUUUGGAGCAGUUCCUGUCAUAUGGCAGACAACUCAGUAAUGAAGAAAAUGAGUUGGUCAUGAUGAAGGACUCGAUGGCACCCAAGCUUCGACCUCCCAAGAUGGAACAAUUCAGAGAACAGAUCGAUCAUUUUGAGAAUUUAUUUAAUGAGGUUGAACACAUGAAAACGGAAGAGGUGUUCAAUGCUUGGUUUAAGGUUGAUAUCAAACCUUUCAAACAGGCGCUUCUCAAUAUCAUCAGAAAAUGGGGCAACAAGUUCAAGGAACAUCUGGUAGACAACGUCACUAAUAGCCUGACAGAUUUGGGAAAGUUUAUAAGAUCGGCAGAUGAAGGUCUCCAACAAACAGUGCAAGAAGGUGACUAUCAAGCUCUGGUGAAUGUAAUGGGUUUCCUUCUCAAUGUGAAAGAACGUCAAGCCAUAACAGAUGACAUGUUUGGACCUUUGAGAGACACAAUUGAACUACUCCAGUUUUACGAUCAAGAUAUACCAGAGGAAGUUCAUGUUUAUCUUCAGGAGCUCCCAGAACAAUGGGCCAACACCAAGAAGAUCGCAGUGACCAUAAAGCAACAAGUGGCUCCCCUUCAGGCAGCUGAAGUUAUUUUCAUAAGAAGGAGAAUUUUAGAUUUUGACGCGAGAAUUCUUCAUUAUAGGGAAGUUUUCAAAAAAUACCAAUUCUUCUACUAUUCCUGCAAAGAGCCAUAUGAAUUGAUCGAUCGCGUCAAUCAGGAUCUGGAGAAAUUCGAAUUCCAGAUGAAACGUAUUCAGGAAUCUGGUUCCCUAUUCGAAGUUUCCGUUCCUGAUUUCAAGAUAUUGAAACAAUGCCGGAAAGAUAUGAAAAUGCUCAAGCAUUUAUGGGAUUACAUCUAUAUUGUUCAAACAUGUGUGGAUGAUUGGAAAACGACGCCUUGGCGAAAAAUCGAUGUGGAAAACAUGGAUAUUGAAUGUAAAAAAUUUGCAAAAGAGAUAAGAAUGCUUGAUAAAGAAAUGAGAUCGUGGGACACAUUCACCGGUCUUGAAGCUACAGUCAAAAACACACUGACAUCUUUGAAAGCAGUUGGUGAAUUACAGAAUCCAGCAAUAAGACAGAGACACUGGAACCAGUUGAUGAAAUCAACGAAGACUUUAGCAGCUCUGCCUCCAGAAUUCACAACGAAGAUUGUCAUGGACCACAAUACGACAUUAGCCGAUUUGCUUGAAUUGAAUCUGCACGAAUGUGAGGAAGAAGUGAAAAAUAUCGUAGAUAAAGCAGUGAAGGAAAUGUCCAUGGAGAAAACUUUACGAGAGCUAGAUGCCACAUGGUCAUCUAUGAAGUUUGAAAAUGAAACACACGUAAGAACUGGAAGUAAAUUACUCAAAGCAAGUGAAGAACUGAUAGAAACUCUGGAAGACAAUCAAGUGCAACUGCAGAAUCUUAUAACUUCGAAAUUUAUCGCGUAUUUCCUAGAAGAAGUCUCUGCGUGGCAAAACAAAUUGAGUUUGGCAGACCAGGUAAUAACUAUUUGGUUUGAGGUACAAAGAACCUGGAUUCAUUUGGAGUCUAUUUUUAUGAGUUCUGAAGACAUAAGGAAGCAACUCCCAGAAGAUUCAGCCAGAUUCGAUGAAAUCGAUAAGGAUUUCAAGGAGUUGAUGUUGAAAAUGGAGAAAACGUUGAAUGUUAUAGAAGCAACGAAUACUCCUGGUUUAUAUGAUAGUUUAGAGAAAAUACAACAAAUGUUAAUACUUUGUGAGAAGGCCUUAGCUGUGUAUCUCGAAACUAAACGUUUAGCGUUUCCAAGAUUUUACUUCGUCUCCUCUGCUGAUCUUUUGGAUGUUUUAUCGAACGGAAAUCAACCUGAAUUAGUCGCCAAGCAUCUGACGAAACUAUUUGACUCUAUAGCUAAGUUGAACUUCGAGCGUAAUGAAGAUGAAUCACUUACGAAAGUUAUUCUCGGUAUGCAUGCCAAAGAUGGCGAAUAUGUGAAAUUCGAUAAGGAAACCGAUUGUAAUGGCCCGGUGGAGGUUUGGCUGAAUAAAAUUCAGGAUUCCAUGAGAUCUACAAUUCGUAUUUCAAUUGGUGAAGGUGUGACGACUUACGAGGAAAAGGCUAGGGAUUCGUGGAUAUUCGAUUUUCCAGCUCAGGUGUCAUUAUGCGGUACUCAAAUAUGGUGGACGUCAGAGGUCAACAUAGCAUUUGCUCGUCUUGAAGAAGGAUACGACAAUGCUCUCAGAGACUAUUACAAAAAACAAGUAUCUCAAUUGAGCAUAUUGAUUUCGCAUCUUCUUGGAGAUUUGACGAAACAAAGUCGACAAAAAAUAAUGACUAUAUGCACGAUUGACGUCCAUUCAAGAGAUGUUGUCAGUAAGCUCAUUCAGAUGAAAGUAGAAAGUUCAUCAGCUUUUCAGUGGGUUUCUCAGUUGAGGCAUCGAUGGGGUGAAGCUGAAGCCGAUUGUUUCGCCAAUAUCUGCGAUGCCCAAUUCACAUACAGCUACGAAUACCUGGGUAACACUCCUCGUCUUGUAAUAACUCCAUUGACAGAUAGAUGCUACAUAACUCUUACACAGUCUUUACAUCUGGUAAUGGGUGGAGGUCCAGCAGGCCCUGCCGGCACAGGAAAAACUGAGACAACGAAGGAUUUAGGAAGGGCUCUAGGCAUUAUGGUUUAUGUAUUCAAUUGCUCUGAACAGAUGGAUUAUAAGUCUUGCGGUAACAUCUAUAAAGGUCUAGCACAAACAGGCGCUUGGGGUUGCUUCGAUGAAUUCAACAGAAUAUCAGUGGAAGUACUCUCAGUUGUUGCUGUACAAGUGAAAUCGGUACUGGACGCCAUAAAAAAUAAAAAAGUAACGUUCGACUUCAUGGGUGAACCAAUAUCGCUGAUACCGACAGUAGGCAUUUUUAUUACGAUGAAUCCUGGAUAUGCUGGUAGGACUGAAUUGCCUGAAAAUUUGAAAGCACUAUUCAGGCCUUGUGCGAUGGUGGUGCCUGAUUUUGAGCUUAUAUGUGAGAUAAUGCUGGUUGCAGAAGGCUUCCAAGAAGCUAAAAUUCUAGCUAGGAAAUUCAUUACGCUUUACACCCUCUGCAAAGAGCUCCUUUCGAAGCAGGAUCAUUACGAUUGGGGAUUGAGGGCUAUCAAGUCAGUUUUGGUUGUUGCAGGAUCUCUGAAAAGAGGAGAUCCCGGAAGACCGGAAGAAGAGGUUCUCAUGCGAGCUCUCCGUGAUUUCAAUAUUCCGAAAAUAGUAACAGAUGAUACUCCUGUAUUCAUGGGUCUUAUUGGUGAUCUUUUUCCAGCCUUAGAAGUACCUAGGAAAAGAGAUGCUGAGUUCGAGAGAACAGUUAAGCAAGCGGCAAUAGACCUCCAACUCCAACCUGAAGAUAAUUUCAUAUUGAAGGUUGUUCAACUCGAAGAGCUCCUGGAAGUUAGGCAUUCAGUUUUUAUAGUUGGAAACGCGGGCACAGGCAAGACUCAAGUCUGGAAAACCUUGUUCAAAACUUAUAGUAAUAUCAAGAGAAAACCAGUUUACAAUGAUUUAAAUCCGAAAGCAGUGACUAAUGACGAACUCUUUGGAAUUAUUAACCCCGCAACUAGAGAAUGGAAAGAUGGACUUCUAUCGGUUUUGAUGAGAGAUCAAGCUAAUCUUACGGGGGAGAAUCCAAAAUGGAUUGUACUGGAUGGAGAUAUAGAUCCAAUGUGGAUAGAAUCUCUUAAUACUGUCAUGGAUGAUAACAAAGUUCUCACUUUAGCCAGUAAUGAGCGUAUCGCUUUAACUUCAGCUAUGAGAUUAUUAUUUGAAAUAUCGAACUUGCGGACCGCAACUCCAGCCACUGUUUCUAGAGCUGGAAUAUUGUAUAUUAAUCCCCAAGAUCUUGGUUGGAAUCCAUUUGUAACCAGUUGGAUGGAAACGCGGACAAUUCCUUCGGAAAAGGCCAAUUUAAUCAUGCUUUUCGAUAAAUACAUUCCAGUUUGCCUAGAGAAUGUGCGAACUAGGUUUAAAAAAAUUAUUCCAAUUGUUGAGACUGCACAUAUUGAAAUGCUAUGCCACUUGCUUGAAUGUUUACUUGUUCUACCAAAUACACCUCCUGACUGCCCUAAAGAAUGGUAUGAAAUUUAUUUUGUCUUCUGUUGUGUGUGGGCAUUUGGCUCCGCGAUGUAUCAAGAGCAGGCCACAGAUUUCCGUGUAGAAUUCACGAAAUGGUGGAUAAACGAAUUCAAAAGCGUUAAAUUUCCUGCAGGCGGAACAGUUUUCGACUACUACAUUGAUUCUGAAACAAAGCAAUUCGUUCCUUGGUCUGAAAGUUUGGGGAGGUUCGAAUUAGACCCUGAUAUACCACUACAGGCUGUUCUGGUCCAUACCGCCGAGUCCAUCAGAAUACGUUAUUUCUUGAACUUAUUGAUGGAUAAGAAACACCCCGUAAUGUUGAUUGGAAACGCUGGAUGUGGAAAAACUGUACUCGUUUCGGAAAAAUUGGGUUCGCUCUCUGAUAAUUAUAUGAUAACGAAUGUACCGUUUAACUUCUACACCAGCUCAGAAAUGCUACAGAAAAUAUUGGAGAAGCCUCUGGAGAAAAAAGCUGGAAAAAAUUAUGGCCCUCCUGGAAAUAAAACUCUCAUUUACUUCAUCGAUGAUAUCAACAUGCCAGAGGUGGAUCAAUAUGGUACUGUGCAACCGCACACUUUGAUCCGUCAGCAUUUAGAUUAUCACCACUGGUAUGAUAGGAAUAAAUUGACUUUGAAAGAAAUAAGAAAUUGCCAGUACGUCUCUUGUAUGAACCCCACUGCCGGAAGCUUCACUAUCAAUCCAAGAUUACAGAGGCAUUUUUACGUCUUCGCUAUAAGUUUCCCCAGUACGGAAUCAUUGAUUACCAUCUACAAUGCAGUUUUGAGCCAGCAUCUGACUAAUCCUGAGCAUAAAUUCCCAUCAAUUGUCGGGAAAUUGUCAGAAAGUAUCGUGGCAGCGUCCAUCGCUCUACAUCAUAAAGUUUCGCAGAUUUUUCUUCCCACUGCGAUUAAAUUUCAUUAUAUAUUCAACUUACGGGAUAUCUCGAAUGUUUUUCAGGGAUUACUCUUCUCGACGAACGAUUGUUUAAAUCAACCAAUGGAUCUGAUCAGACUCUGGCUACACGAAGCGCAAAGGGUUUAUGGUGAUAAACUGAUUGAAGAGAAGGAUUUAGAUGCUUUCACGAAAUUUCAACUGGAUGUUUUGAAGAAAAACUUCGAGGAGAUGGACGAAUCGGUAGUUUUCGAGAAACCUAACAUUUAUUGUCAUUUUGCGGGAGGAAUAGGAGAACCCAAAUAUAUGCCAAUAAUCAACUGGUCAAAGUUGAACAGCUUACUAACAGAAGCAAUGUCCAGUUAUAAUGAUCUUGUAGCUGCAAUGAAUUUAGUGUUAUUCGAGGAUGCGAUGAUGCAUGUAUGCCGUAUCAACAGAAUACUCGAGUCACCUCGAGGAAGUGCUCUUCUGGUUGGCGUUGGAGGUAGUGGUAAGCAGUCCCUUUCAAGAUUAGCGGCUUUUAUUUCUUCUUUGGAAGUGUUUCAACUUCAAUUGAAGAAAGGAUAUGGGGUUCUUGAUCUUCGAAAAGAACUGUCUUCUCUCUAUAUGAAAACGGGGUUGAAAAACGUAGGAAUCAUGUUUCUGAUGACAGAUGCUCAAGUGCCGAACGAACAAUUUCUGGUUUUGAUAAAUGAUAUGUUAGCUUCUGGUGAAGUACCUGAUAUGUUUCCUGAUGAUGAGAUAGAAAACAUAAUCGCAGGAGUAAGAAAUGAGGUGAAAGGUGCAGGAAUGUUGGAUACUCGUGAGAACAGCUGGAAAUUCUUCAUCGAUAGAGUGAGGAGGCAACUGAAAGUAGUUCUGUGCUUUUCUCCAGUAGGAUCUACAUUAAGAGUAAGGUCGAGAAAAUUUCCAGCGAUUAUUAAUUGCACACAAAUUAACUGGUUCCAUGAAUGGCCACAAGAAGCUUUAGUAUCAGUCUCGCUGAGAUUUCUCGAAAAACUUCCUGUGUUACCUGACUCUUUGCGCGAUUCUGUUGGGAGGUUCAUGGCUUUUGCCCAUACCUCAGUGAAUACGACUUCGAAACUUUAUCUUCAAAAUGAGAGAAGAUACAAUUACACAACACCAAAAUCAUAUUUAGAACAAAUAAAUCUAUAUUCGAAACUCUUGCAUCAAAAAUCGAAAGAAUUACAGAGCAAGAUCGCGCGUUUGGAAAAUGGUUUGGAUAAAUUGAGAAGUACCGCUUCCCAAGUAGAUGACCUUAAAAAAAAACUUGCCAUUCAAGAGGUUGAGCUUAAGGAGAAAAAUGAAGCAGCUGAUUCUUUGAUAGAAAUAGUUGGUAUUGAAACUGAGAAGGUAUCGAUUGAGAAAAAUUUAGCCGAUGAAGAGGAAGAAAAGGUUGCUAUUAUAGCAGAAGAAGUGACAAAAAAGCAGAAAGAUUGUGAGGAGGAUUUACUCAAGGCAGAGCCUGCACUCCUAGCUGCCCAAGAAGCUUUGAACACUCUCAAUAAAGCUAAUUUAACUGAAUUGAAAUCAUUCGGCUCUCCACCUGGAGCCGUUACUAACGUCACAGCAGCUGUCAUGGUCCUUCUAUCUCCAGCAGGAAAAGUCCCGAAAGAUAGAAGUUGGAAGGCUGCUAAGAUAAUGAUGGCCAAAGUUGAUGCUUUCUUGGAUGCCUUGAUCAACUACGACAAAGAGAACAUCCAUCCCGAAGUGAUAAAAGCUAUAGAGCCUUACUUGAAGGAUUCUGAAUUCGAACCGGAGUUUGUCCGAUCUAAAUCAGCUGCUGCAGCUGGAUUAUGUGCAUGGGUGAUCAACAUAAUAAGAUUUUUCGAAGUUUACUGCGAUGUCGAACCGAAAAGAAAAGCGUUGGCGGCUGCUAAUGCAGAACUAGCAGCGGCCCAAGAAAAAUUGAGUGGUAUAAAGAGGAAAGUGGCUUCUCUCGAGGAACAACUAGCCAAGCUGACUGCUGAUUUUGAAAAGGCAACCACAGAAAAGCUAUUGUGUCAGCAAGAAGCCGAUGCUACUAAUGCCACCAUCCAGUUAGCAAAUCGUUUAGUUGGUGGUUUAGCUAGUGAAAAUGUUCGAUGGGCAGAAGCAGUUAGCAAUUUUAUGAGACAAGGCCAAAUGCUGCCAGGGGAUGUUCUCUUGGUUACAGCAUUCAUUUCUUACGUCGGUUGCUUCACUAAACAAUACAGGCAGGAUCUUCUACAUAAAAUGUGGCUCCCGUUCAUGAAAACUUUAGAACCAACCAUUCCAAUUACUGAAGAUCUGGAUCCUUUGACCCUCCUCACUGAUGACACUCAAAUAGCUAAAUGGAACAACGAAGGUUUACCAAGUGACAGAAUGUCCACUGAAAAUGCAACAAUUCUUUCCAAUUCUGAUCGGUGGCCCUUGAUGAUAGAUCCACAGUUACAAGGAAUCAAAUGGAUCAAGCAAAAGUACGGGGAUGAAUUGAAGAUAAUACGACUAGGGCAAAAAGGAUAUUUGGACACAAUUGAAAAAUCCAUCACAAUUGGAGCAACAGUACUCGUAGAAAAUAUUGAGGAGAGUUUGGAUCCCGUUUUGGAUAGUUUGCUUGGUAGAAAUCUCAUCAAAAAGGGAAAGGCUAUAAUGCUAGGCGAUAAAGAAGUAGAAUACAACUCGAAUUUUCGCCUGAUAUUACACACGAAGCUCGCGAAUCCACAUUAUAAACCUGAAAUGCAGGCCCAAACGACUUUGAUCAAUUUCACAGUAACAAGAGACGGACUUGAGGACCAACUACUAGCAGAAGUAGUCAAAGCUGAACGGCCAGACUUGGAGGAACUGAAAGCGGAGUUGACGAAGCAACAGAACGACUUUAAAAUAAUGUUGAAAUCUCUCGAAGACGAUCUUCUUUCGCGGUUAUCAUCCGCUGGAGGAAACCUUUUGGGAGAUACAACAUUGGUGGAAAACUUAGAGACAACGAAAAAAACUGCCGCUGAAAUAGAGGAAAAGGUCUCCGAAGCCAAAAUUACAUCGGUGAAAAUAGAUCAGGCUCGGGAACAUUAUAGACCAGCAGCUGCUAGAGCCAGCUUAUUGUAUUUCAUACUGAAUGACUUGAAUACUAUCAAUCCGAUUUAUCAAUUUUCUCUGAAGGCGUUCAGCGUUGUUUUCCAGAAGGCUAUUGCUAAGGCCAAUCCGGCUGAAUUGGUUGCUCAACGAGUUGAUAAUUUGAUAGAUUGCAUAUCGUUUUCAGUAUUUCAAUACACGACAAGAGGCCUUUUCGAGUGUGAUAAGUUGAUUUUCUCUUCGCAAAUGACAUUCCAGAUUCUGCUCAUGAAUGAAGAAAUUUCAUCAACUGAACUCGAUUUCCUUCUGCGAUUUCCCCUAAAACCUCACGUCACCAGUCCUGUGGAUUUCCUUUCAAAUUCGAGUUGGGGUGGAAUUUGUAGUUUAGCAACAAAGGAUGAAUUCAGGAAUCUAGAUAGAGAUCUCGAGAAUUCUUCGAAAAGGUGGAAAAAGCUGGUUGAAUCUGAAUGUCCGGAAAAAGAAAAAUUUCCACAGGAAUGGAAAAACAAAACUGCUCUACAAAGACUCUGUAUGAUGAGAGCCCUUAGACCAGAUAGAAUGAUUUAUGCAGUGAUGGCUUUCAUCGAAGAGAAACUAGGGCCAAAAUAUGUCGAUAACAAAACUAUGGAAUUCGAGAAAUCAUAUGAAGAAACUAGUCCGUCAACACCGAUUUUUUUCAUUUUAUCGCCUGGCGUGAAUCCUUUAAGAGAUGUGGAAGAGCUUGGAGAACGAUUAGGUUUCACAUCAGACCGUCAAAAUUUUCACAAUGUCUCUUUAGGUCAAGGACAAGAGGUUGUGGCUGAAAGAGCCAUGAAAAUUGCCUCUGAAAAUGGCCACUGGGUCGUUUUACAGAAUAUUCACUUGGUGAAAAAAUGGUUACCAAAUCUGGAGAAGUUACUGGAGAAAUAUUCUGAAGGUUCACAUCCUAAUUAUAGGCUAUUCAUGAGCGCUGAGCCUGCUGCUACUGCAUCAGCCCAUAUUUUGCCACAGGGUAUUUUGGAAUCGUCAAUAAAAAUCACGAAUGAACCGCCAACCGGCAUGCAAGCAAACUUACAUAAGGCGCUCUCAAAUUUCAACCAAGAGACGUUGGAACAAUGCGGAAAGGAGGCAGAAUUCAAAGUGAUUCUUUUUUCCUUGUGCUACUUCCAUGCUGUAGUUGCGGAAAGAAGAAAAUUUGGUCCACAAGGAUGGAACAAAGUAUACCCUUUUAAUGUUGGCGACUUGAACAUAAGCGUCUUCGUUCUAUAUAAUUAUUUGGAAGCGAAUUCGAAAGUACCGUGGGAAGAUUUGAGAUAUUUAUUCGGCGAAAUUAUGUAUGGUGGGCACAUAACAGAUGAUUGGGAUAGAAAAUUAUGCAUUACUUAUUUGGAGGAGCUUUUACAGCCUGAUCUGGUUGAUGGGGAACUUAUGUUGGCACCAAAUUUCCCUGCACCUCCCAACACAGAUUAUGUUGGAUAUCAUCAAUAUAUUGACGAUUUCAUGCCGCCAGAAUCUCCAUAUUUGUAUGGUUUACAUCCAAACGCCGAAAUAGGUUUCCUAACUACAACUGCGGAAAAUUUAUUCAGGACAGUAUUCGAAAUGCAGCCAAGGGAUGUAGGUUCAUCUGGUGGUGCCACUAUCACCAGAGAAGAUAAGGUGAAGCAGAUCGUGGACGAAAUGGUAGAGAAACUCCCGGAAGAAUUUAAUAUGCUGGAAAUCAUGGGAAAAGUCGAAGAAAGGACGCCAUACGUAAUCGUUGCUUUCCAAGAGUGUGAACGUAUGAACUAUUUAACGGGAGAAGUGAAACGGUCGCUCAAAGAACUCGAUCUAGGAUUAAAAGGAGAACUUACUAUUACUUCCGAUAUGGAAGAUCUUGAGAAUUCGCUCUUUCUGGAUCAGGUAUCGCCGAUGUGGGCUCAAAGGGCCUACCCUUCUUUACUAGGAUUGACAGCUUGGUUCGCAGAUCUCCUGCUUCGAAUAAGAGAGUUAGAAACCUGGUGUACUGAUUUUGUGUUACCUUCGUCUGUAUGGCUGGGUGGAUUCUUCAACCCUCAAAGUCUUCUGACGGCAAUUAUGCAGAGUACUGCGAGAAGAAAUGAGUUACCCUUAGACAAAAUGUGCCUUCAAUGUGAUGUCACGAAAAAACAAAAAGAGGAAUUCAACUGUGCGCCUAGAGAUGGGGCUUACAUUCACGGAUUAUUCAUGGAGGGAGCAAGGUGGGAUCUACAAGCAGGUAUUAUAAUGGACUCGAGGCUUAAAGAAUUGUUCCCUCCAAUGCCAGUAAUAAAUGUAAGGGCAAUCACGCAGGACAAACAAGACUUGCGAAACAUGUACGAAUGUCCAGUUUAUAAGACGAGAACCCGUGGACCGACCUACAUAUGGACUUUCAAUUUGAAAACGAAGGAUAAACCGGCUAAGUGGACUCUAGCUGGAGUUGCUUUGUUGUUGCAAAUAUAAAUUA